UAAUGUAACACACAACAUUCAAUAUCCUUCAGUUGCCUCUUGAACGUUGUAUAGUACGGACAUAAGAUGUGGAAGACUACGACAGUUAUAGUUGUUUUAUCCAUUGGCCUAAGUCUUUUCAUAUUUCAAUGGGAAUUAAAGAAGCCAGAUUUGCCAGAAACUUUUUGGGGUCCAGAAAAAAAUAAAGCUGCCUCGAAGAACGUUCGACCGUUCAAAGUCGACGUACCAAAGUCGGUCAUCGAUGAUUUAAAUAAACGUCUGGAAAAUCCAAGAUUGGACGUAGAACCAUUAGAAGGUGUCGCUUGGACUUAUGGUGUUCCAGCUCCUUAUUUAAAAAAAAUUAUUACAUAUUGGCAUAAUGAAUAUAACUGGACCGAGAGACAAUCUCUUCUGAAUAAAUAUCCACAAUUCGUAACAAACAUCCAAGGUCUCGAUAUUCACUUUUAUCACGUUAAACCGUCGAAUCUUCCAAAGGAUAGAAAGGUCAAAGUUUUACCGUUACUUUUAGUCCAUGGUUGGCCUGGUUCAGUGGUUGAAUUUCAAAAGAUCAUUCCUUUGUUAAUAACACCCAGACCAAACAAAAAUUUUGUCUUUGAACUUGUCAUUCCAUCUUUACCUGGUUAUGGUUUUAGUGAUGCUGCUGUUCGUCCUGGAUUAGCGCCAGCUCAUAUGGGUAUUAUCUUUAAGAAUCUCAUGACAAGAUUAGGCUUUGAAAAAUAUUAUGUUCAAGGAGGUGACUGGGGAGCUGUUAUAACUUCUUCAAUGGCUGCUCUUUAUCCAGAAAAAAUCUUAGGACUGCAUUCGAACAUGUGCAUCCAUGUAAAUCCAUUAAACUUUUGGAAUAUUCUUGGAAUGUUUUUUCCUUCUCUUAUUGUUAAUAAACAAUACGAACAUAAAGUUUAUCCAUUAACAAAUUAUUUUUAUGGACUGAUGGAGGAAACUGGAUAUUUGCAUUUACAAGCUACCAAGCCAGACACAAUCGGUCUUGUAUUGACGAAUUCACCAAUAUCAUUGGCUGGAUACAUACUCGAGAAAUUUAGUACAGGUACAAAUCCUGAAUAUAGAAUCAAAGAAGACGGUGGUCUACUUGAAAAAUUUACUUUGGAUGAACUUUUGGAUAACAUCAUGAUAUAUUGGGUGACCGAUUCCAUAACAACUAGUACACGUCUUUACGCUGAACAAUUUACACGGGUAUAUUGGGAUUUAAAAAUCGAUGAAUUACCGAUUGACGUACCAUCAGCAUGUGCCGUAUUUCCUGGAGAAUUUGUCUACAUUACUGAGAAAGUUAUUCGUACGAGAUAUUUAAAUUUGAUUCAAUACAAUCAUAUGCCUAAAGGUGGUCAUUUUGCAGCCAUGGAAGAAUCGAUUAUAUUAGCAGAUGACAUAUUCGAAUUCUUUGAUAAAAUUGUGAAAUAAUGAAAGAACAAAAAUAAAAAGAAAUAAAAAAAUUAUGGUCUCUGAAAAGAAUAA